AUGCCCAAGAAGUUCCAAGGGGAGAACACCAAGUCGGCCGCCGCCCGGGCGAGGAAGGCCGAGGCCAAGGCGGCGGCUGACGCCAAGCGGCAGAAGGAGCUGGAGGAUGCCUUCUGGAAGGACGAGGACAAGCACGUCAUGCGCAAGGAGCACCGGAAGGAGGAGCGGGAGAAGCGCCGCCUGGAGCAGCUGGAGCGCAAGAAGGAGCUGCAGCGGAUGCUGGAGGAGGAGGAUGCCCAGCUGAAGGGCAAGGCCCCCAAGCCGCCCGGACCCGCCAGGGUCACCCGGGCCCAGAUCGAGGAGGCCCUCCAGAAGGAGCUGAAGGAGGGCGGGGACGCGGCCGAGAAGGGGAAGAGCCACCUGGAGGUGCCCUUGGAGGAGAACCUGAACCGGCGGGUGCUGGAGGAGGGCGCGGUGGAAGCCCGCACCAUCGAGGAGGCCAUCGCGGUGCUCAGCGUGGCUGAGGACCUGGACCGGCACCCGGAGCGCCGGAUGAAGGCGGCCUUCUCGGCCUUCGAAGAGGGGACCCUCCCCCGCCUGAAGCAGGAGAACCCCAACAUGCGUCUGUCCCAGCUGAAGCAGCUGCUGAAGAAGGAGUGGAUGAAGGCGCCCGAGAACCCCAUGAACCAGCGCCACUCGACCUACAACAGCCAGAAAUGAGACCCAA